GACAGAUAGAAGAAAAUGAAAUAAAUUUUCACAUAGACGUGGAAGAUAAUCAAACGCACAGUAGUAUAGUAUGGUGAUAUUUUGGUACUGGUUUAGAACUGAUAUAUAAAGAGCGAUGUUAUCUCAUCCAAAGAGUCAUUCCGUUUGCCGUUACUCGAAGAAGCAUUGAAAGAGAACAGGAGGAGUUAGUUGACUUUUAUUAAAACGGAAUAAACGUUGUUUUAAUUUUGAAAGAAAAUUUCAAUUAAAUCAAAUCAAACUGUUAACAUGGCCAAGGAUAAUCUCACUGCUAUACUUUACGGCAUCAAUGACAUUCGAUUGGAACAAACGCCCAUCGAGGAACCAGGAACAAAUGAGGUAUUAAUAGAAAUGAGUUGUGUUGGAAUUUGUGGGUCAGACGUUCACUACCUUGACAAGGGUAGAAUAGGUGAUUUUAUUUUAACUAAACCAAUGAUCAUUGGUCACGAAUCGUCCGGAAUUGUUGCUAAACUUGGAAAAGAUGUGAAGAAUUUAAAGGUCGGCGAUCGUGUUGCCAUAGAACCUGGUGUGCCUUGUAGAGAAUGUACAUUUUGUAAAACUGGCCGUUACAAUUUAUGUAAAGACGUUGUAUUUUUGGCUACUCCUCCUGUACACGGUAGUUUAAGACGUUUUUACAAACACGCAGCUGACUUUUGUUUCAAAUUGCCUGAUAAUGUAACGUUAGAAGAAGGAGCUCUUAUGGAACCUUUAUCAGUUGGUAUCCACGCAUGUAAACGUGCUGGUAUCAGUAUCGGUUCGAAGGUUUUAAUUUUAGGUGCUGGACCAAUUGGCUUGGUAACGUUAUUAGUUGCUAAAGCUAUGGGUGCUAGUAAAGUUAUUCUUACUGAUAUAAAACAAGAUAAAUUGGAUACAGCAAAGGAACUUGGAGCUGAUGAUACAUAUUUAAUAAGGCAGGGGGUAUCCGAGGCAGAGAAUAUUAAAAAUAUUCGUGAACUAUUUGGCGAUGAUCCCGAUAAGACAGUCGAUGCAUCUGGUGCUCAAUCAUCGAUACGUUUAGCUAUAUUAGUAACUAAAUCUGGUGGUGUAAUCGUUCUGGUUGGUUGUGGUCCUCCUGAAGUACAAGUUCCACUUAUUAGUGCUGUAGUAAGAGAAGUUGAUAUUAGAGGUGUCUUUAGAUAUGCCAAUACUUACAACGACGCAUUAGAGUUAUUGGCUAGCAAGAAAAUAAAUGUUAAACCUCUUAUAACUCAUAAUUUCAAAAUAGAAGAAACUGUUGCGGCGUUUGCAAAAACAAAAUGCGAAAGCGGUGUUAUUAAAGUUAUGAUUCACUGCAAAUAAGGAAGAAUCAUAACUUAAACCUAUUUUAAAUAGAAAGAAGAAAAACAAAAUAGUUAAAAAUAAAUAGGAAAAUAUAUUUUUUUAAUUACAUAUUUUUACACUAAGGCUCGUAGUUUUAAAAAACUGAAGAUGAAUUUUAAAUCAAACAUAUAUAAUGAUAAUAGAACAAAUUUUAAAGUAUACAUUUUAUGUAACUGCAGGUAUAGUAAAUUAAUAAUUGUUGGUUAAUGAUAAAUUCUAAAAAAUUAGGACUUAUAAAAAAAUAGAAAUGCUUUUUAUAUUAUUGACUAUAUACAUCUGUGUGUUUGUAC